AUGCCAUAAUCGGCGCUUUGCCACCUCUAAAUGGCAGAGACGCGACUGAGCUGAGACGUACCGUUGGCAGAGACGCGACUGAGAAAUAAAAUUAAAACGUCGACGUUCCUUCCUCGCAGAAGAAACCUAUCAAAAUAAAAACAAACCGAGCGUGCGUUCGCGCCAAAUACUUAACAACAAUUAGCAAACGUAAGAAGCAAAGUGAGUGUCGUCGGCAGCGGGAGCCCGAGUGCCCAGCUUGGAACUGGGAUCCGACCCAGUCCACGUCCGUCUCGUCCCCGCUAAAUUAACUCUUGUUUCCCCGUCUUGUCCCCUCAGUGCAUACCCUCACGGCUGCCAUUGAGAUGGACAAGCUGGAUGCCAAUCUUGAGCAGCAGUUUGAUCUCAAUCUCAUCGAGGCUGUCAAGCUGAACCCAGUGAUAUACGACAGGUCGCACUACAAUUACAAGCACUUUGUGCGCAAGGCCCAGACCUGGAAACAAAUCGCCGAAACGCUCGGUGUGCCUGAACAAAAAUGUACGAAACGUUGGAAAAGCCUGCGCGACAAGUUCGCCCGCGAGAUGAAACUAUGUCAGGAAUCGCGCUGGCGUUACUUCAAGCAGAUGCAAUUCCUGGUUGACUCCAUCCGGCAGUACCGAGAGUCGCUGCUCGGCAAGUGCGCCAAUGGGAGUCAAAACGCCAACCAGGUGGCCGAUCCGUCGCAGCAGCAGCAGGCGCAGCAACAGACCGUCGUUGAUAUAUUUGCACAGCCUUUCAAUGGCAGCGCCACAACCUCAGCCCAGGCACUGACCCAUCCGCAUGAAAUUACGGUCACCAGUGAUGCACAGCUGGCCACUGCCGUGGGCAAGGACCAAAAGCCAUACUUCUACGAGCCGCCGCUCAAACGCGAGCGCAGCGAGGAGGAGCACAGCGACAACAUGCUCAACACCAUCAAGAUUUUCCAAAACAAUGUCUCGCAGGCGGUCAGCGCGGAGGAUCAGUCGUUUGGCAUGGUAGUCACGGACAUGCUUAACACGCUGGGCGUGCGACAAAAGGCCGAGGCGAAGGUGCACAUCAUUAAGUAUCUGACUGACAUGCAGCUUUUGGCACAGCACAACAAGUACUAACUGUCGGGCGGCUGUCACAGGCAGCUGCUGCAGCUGCUCCAACUGGAGAGCGUUUUGCCCUGAGAUCAAACGAGAUGGACCCACGGCCAGCCACAUCUACACGGGCUUGGGGUCGUGUACGGUCAUUUUCUUUAGUUCAUAGGUCUUAAAGUCAAACUACAGAUUAACAUUAGACGUAACUGCCCACUGCGUAUACCAUAACGCGUAAUGAUACUUCCCCAAGCCCACACGUAGACAAACAUAUAUAUUUAUAUGCUUAGUUGGCCCAAUGAUCGGUGAUUUAAUUCGCGCCCAGUUCUCAGCUCUGUACAAAAAAAAUGCGAUUGAAAAUAGCGAUUCUAGAAUUAUGUAGCCUGUUAAAAGACCGUGGAAACACUUUAUAUGCAGCGUAUUGUACAUUUUGACGACGAUUUAGUUGUAAUUUGCCAUCGGGUCUUAGCUCUACAAUUAAGUACACACGUAAAAGUUAUUUUAAUUUUAUAAGUUCUGUUGUAAUAUGCUGAAAACUCUUGAAAGAUACUUUGAAAUACUUUAGUUAAGUGUUACAGAGGGAAACAUAAAACACAUUUUUUCACAAUGAGCGCAUAUUACACACUUUACAUUGAUAAAAUCGAAAUAGUUGCCGGCAACGUCAGUUGCGAAACAUUUUCAAUGAUUAAUUGUGCAAUUAUUUGGUAUUAAAUGAAACAUUUAAAUGAGA